AAGCCCGGUAUAGGAGUGGUUUGUUAGAAUCGAACGAAUCCUCCUGAUGUAACCUUUUUAAUACAUGUAGCUUAACCAAACAUAGCAGGCGUUAAUUAUUCAAGUCAAAAGAGACAACAUAACACUUUUAGCAGUUAUAUUGUUAGGAAAACGACCAAGGGUACGCACAACUCAUCAGAAUAAGAUCAUAUGCGAUUUUCUGUAACAAAUCACUGCCGCUGGAUGGUUGGUGAUUCAAAAGUUGCGUUCUCCUAACAUGAAGCCCCAACAGAAGCCCCAAUGCAAAGCUGUAAGGUCCCUCUAUUCCACCAGUGUCCCAAAGAUAUAAUCUCUUUUGAAACCAUGAAUGGCAGAUGGGUUCUGUGUCUGACAACGCUGACCCGUGGUACCGAGACCCCCAGGAAGACCAUGCUGUGCUACCUGCUGCCCGUGCUGCUGGCUGUGCAAGCUCUCGCCGUCCUGGAAGUGCAAGUCCCCGACCUGCCAGUGGUGGCGCUGUAUGGCAUGGAGGCCACUCUCAACUGUUCGUUCAGCCACGCCGCUCCCUUCAACCUGUCCGCCGUGAGUGUCUUUUGGCAGCUGACUGACACCAAGCGCACCGUGCACAGCUACUGGGGCGGCCAGGACCAGCUGGAAGACCAGGGGGAGAGCUUCGCCAACCGCACCAGCCUGUACGCCUCCCAGCUGGGCGCGGGCAACGCCUCACUGCUCCUGAAGGGGGUCCGGGUGGCCGACGAGGGCAGCUACACCUGUUUUGUCAGGGUGGAGACUCACGGAAGCGCAUCCCUUUUGCUCCAGGUGGCAGCCCCCUACUCCAAGCCCCUGGUAACCCUGGCGCCGGACUCCAACCUGCGGCCGGGUGAAGAGGUGGCGCUGACCUGCGUGGCGCACGGCGGCUACCCUGAAGUUGACGUGUUGUGGCAGGACGGGCACGGGCGCAACCUGACCGACAACGUCACCACCUCCCUGGUGGCCAACGAGGAGGGGCUGUUCAACGUGCGCAGCGUCCUGACCGUCGCGCUGGAGCCCAACAGCACCUACAGCUGCAGACUGGCCAACCCGCUCCUGGGCGAGGAGGGCCACGCGUCCGUCACCAUCACAGGUCAGAACAUGGUGUUUCCACCAGUGGCUCUGUGGGUCACAGUGGGCCUGGCUGUGUGUCUACUGGGCUUACUCAUUGCCCUGGCUGCAGUCUGCCACAGGAAGAUCAAGGAGAGCUGUGAGGAGGCCCGAGCAGCCAAAGAACUGGAAGAGGCCAAAGAACUGGAGGAGGAGUCUAAGACAGCCAUGACCCCCCUGAAAAGCUAAAGCCAUACGAACACAGGAGUGGGGAGGUAGGAGGGGAGACAGAGAUGGGUCUGGAAUUGAAUCCCACUACACCUAUCCAUCAAGGAAGAGACGGUUUCCACCGCGGCUUUCACACAACGCCCAGGCAUCAACGAGCUGAUGAGUCCAUCAUACUAUACCUACACAACCACGUCCUCCUGGGUUUCAAUAAAAAGACAUACACUUCAUAUGCCAUUACACCACUAUACAUUUCCCCUUUGCCUUUCAUUCUUUAAAGGAAGACUGUUGCAGUGUACAAAUGCCUCUGCGGUGCUCUGUUCAUUUCUGUGCAAUAUGCUAAGGAGAAAUUCCACUUGAAGACCAUAGGAUUUGACAGGCUUCCGGUCCCAAAGCCUGACAUCACUUCUCUUCACCCUGCAAAGAGAAGUUAGAAAGCUUGAGAGGUCCAGGAUCUAAUUUCUAAUAGGAAGUGAAGAGUUAAGAGAUGACCCAGCUGAGGAUGCCAUCAGUGUCUCUCUGCCUGGCUGCCAGAGAGGGAGUGUAGCUCUCACAUUACUUCUGGACUCACUAAUUAAUGGUUGCCCGUGGAGUAACUUGUACCUGUCAGUGUCUGGCUCUCUCGUAUAUUCAAUAACUUGAGGGAAUCGAAAUUGAGUGCCAGCUAAGCUCGAACAAACUGCAAAUGGUGCAUGGGGUACACCCUGGUUCUCUUAGUGACCUGACAGAAAGCCUUAUAUGUAAGAAAUUAUUAUUAAUGAACAUAGACUCUCAGCUACUCUUGACUGCCAAAGUAGAAUGUUUUAUGAAUUCCGAUGAUGGUUGAGUGGGUGAUUGUACAGUGUACAGGUACUCAAGCUAGUUUGUGUGCCAUAUGUCCAUGUACUUAUAAAUGCCAGAGCCUUCCAUAACCGAGUGCCUAUUUACAUUAAAGAGACAUUGUGAAAAUGUUC